AUGCCUUCAGAUUCAUCACUCUUUCUCCUGCUUUUCUUCUCCGUAGCCUUCGCUCUGCUCUCAGUAGGCCACGCCACAAUCCAAAGCGAUGAAAGCGAAGGGAUUGGGCGCAGAGCGCUGCUGAGUCUAAAAGAAACCCCUCGUGGAAGUAACACUACCUUCGAAUGCUCUCCAGCUGGUCCUUGCGUUCCUUGCCUUUACUCUGAGAAGAAGGAUGAGAAAUAUCGCUGCAGUGAGACUGGCUAUCGCAUCCCUUUGAAAUGUGUGGAAACUAAACGUAGUUCGAAGGAUGAAAAAGCAAACGGUUCUCAAAAGAGUCGAUCUACUCUGGAGAUCUAUCACAACGAUGCAGAAUUGCAUAAUGCGGAAGAACUCGGCACUUCUGUAAAGCAUAGAAGUUUGCUUGAUGAUUCAGCCACACUAGAGGAUGGACCACAGGCUUACAUUACUUACAGAAGCUGUAUCCCAGCAGUUAGUGAAGAGAAGCUGUCAGUGCUUGGUUUUGAGGUGAUUGUGCUGUUCUUCUUACUCAUCAGCGGUUCGGUUGUAUACUUGAGAAGAAAGCAGACUGUUUCCAUGACUGGAUUUGGAGCAGGGCGAAUUCAGAGCAACUCUAGGUUUUAA